UAUGCCAAAAUAACCAUCUUUAUGCUCAAGUUGACCAUUAUGUAUACUCAAGAUGGGACAUAAGUGACACUUUUAUUUUAUCACUCACACAGUCAUUUUUUUGUUUUUUGUUUCUGUAGCCUCUGUUAGUGGUGGUCAGUGACUACAGCACUGAGUAGUGUGUGGGGCAUUGGGGUUCGCAGGGUGGAGGACGAGCAGCGGCACCAGCCGGUGAGAUGAGAGGAGGCCGGCGGGCGGCGCAUUGAUACCUGCCUGGGAUUCUCACGGCUUUCCAGAGUUUCACAAGUGCCCUGGACUUCCUGGUACGGGACCAUAGACAUUUUCUGCUCCUGUGUGGCCAGGGAAAUACCCGUGGCUAUGUAAACGAAAGGAAGCCGUCGAGCGGAGAGCAAGGUCAUGAGUGCCUUUAGGAGAGAUCCAGUGGAUUAUAAACUCACCUGUCUGAAGCCCUGCCCUGUCUGGGCCCAUCCUGGUGCCCCACCACCGGCAUCACACCAUGACGUCUGACACUGAGCAGGAUGCAGCGGUGAAACUGGACCAGGAGCGGGCCGAGAUAGUAGCCAAAUAUGACAAGGGAAAAGAGGCAACUGUGGAGCCCUGGGAGGACACCAACUUCCACCUGUACAAAGUCAUUGAUCGAUUCGGCUUCGUUCAUGAAAAUGAACUUCCAUCCUACGACUCAGUGGAGGAGAAGCAAAAGCACACUGAAGUGGAGAGGACCACCAAAUGGCUGAAGAUGCUGAAGAGCUGGGAUAAAUACAAGAACAGUGAAAAGCUGGUCAGGAGGAUUUACAAAGGGAUCCCUUUACAGCUCAGAGGCGAGGUCUGGUGUCUGCUGCUUGAUGUACCCAAAAUAAAAGAAGAGAAGAAAGACUUUUAUGAGAAGCUGAAGGCCAGAGCUAGGGGACUGUCGCCUGAUAUCCGUCAGAUAGAUCUGGAUGUCAACCGCACUUACAGAGAUCACAUCAUGUUCAUGCACCGCUAUGAUGUCAAGCAGCAAGCUCUCUUCCAUGUCCUAACAGCAUACUCGAUAUAUAACACGGAAGUGGGCUACUGUCAGGGCAUGAGUCAGAUCACUGCUCUGCUGCUCAUCUACAUGAAUGAGGAGGAUGCUUUCUGGGCCCUGGUCAGACUCUUAUCAGGCCAGAAACAUGCCAUGCAUGGUUUUUUCGUCCCUGGCUUUCCAAAGUUGAUGCGUUUCCAAGAACAUCAUGACCGCAUCCUGAAGAAAAUGAUGCCGAAGCUCAAGCAGCACUUGGAUGCUCAAGAAGUUUACACCAGCCUCUACACCAUGAAGUGGUUUUUCCAGUGCUUCCUGGAUAGAACUCCUUUCACGCUUACACUUAGGAUCUGGGAUAUCUACAUUUUGGAGGGUGAGAGAGUGCUGCCUGCCAUGUCCUACACUGUGCUCAAACUCCACAAAAAGCACUUAAUGAAGUUGUCCAUGGAAGAGCUGGUGGAGUUUCUCCAGGUCUCUUUGUCCAAAAACUUCUACUACGAGGAUGACGUUGUAAUUGAGCAGCUGCAGAUGUCCAUGAGUGAGCUCAGGAGGGCAAAGCUGGAACUACCGGCUCCAGGUAAAGAUGAAGAGUUUCCUAAAAAACCUCUUGGUCAGCUUCCACCUCUGAGUUCGGAGUCAGUGGUGAACCAUUUUGUGAAUGGGCAGAGCCACGCUGAACCCGUUGAGCUUGAACGGGAGCCUAGUCCUGUACCAGAGCGUCAGGUGGAAAGUCGGCCUCCAAGCCGCGUCCGCAGAGACUCACUGGAUAAGCCCGUUCGCCAUAACAAGGCUGACCGAAAAGAUGCCAUCUCCAGGGCAUCUGGGGAGGUUCCCAGUGAGUGGGCUUCCCCACCUCAGAGGGAGCCAACGCCACCCCCUGCUCCCACUCCACUACCCCAGAAUCCAGUGCCACAAGCCACUGUCACUGCAGAAGGGAAAAGCAAUGCCACAGCUAACCGCAACUCAAAUGCAGUACCCAGUACUCGUCGAGACAUAGGUCCCCGCUGGUUCAAACCUUCAGAGACUAAGCUAGAGGCUGCUAAAGCUGCAGCCGCACGGGAGAGACAGAGCAGAGGGAGCUCUCCUGCUCCUUCCAGUCCAGAUGACACUGCACUGGCCCACAGACGACCACGCUCUAAAGGCUUCAUGCCUGGCUCUAAUAGGGGCUCAAAUGCCUCACAAUAUGACAACGUACCUGGAUUACCUGACCAGGACUUUGAAAUCCUGGAGCUAGAGAGGCCUCCAUCAAGAAUUAGAAAUAUUCGCGCUGAGACUCCUUUUAGUGCUUCAUCUGGUCCUCAUGGCAGUCCGCUUCGUGGACCUAGUUUGGCUGAAAGUAUUGUCUCUGUAGCCUCAGGACCCAGAGGGGCGAAGCACCCAUUUUCUCAUCAGUUUUCUCACGGCUCUUCGGCAGGGACCCAGAGCAGUUACCCCUUUGGCCACAUUAUCAUGUCUCCGCACCAGCAGCCACAGGGUAGAACCACUACUGAAGUCCCCAUCUUUCACCCAGCCCACAAUGUGAAUCUGGAUCACAGAGGGGAGGACCCACGCUAUGCGGUGACCUCUCGAUAUACCCCCUCUCCCACUAAGAUGUAUGGGGAGCGAGCAUACGCCACUACACAGAGGCAUGCAAACAGUGUUUCCCCAGAAAAGUUGUUCAUGAACAACUCUUUUGCCACAUACCGCAGACUGCCUCCAUCCAGCUCCAGCCACCUCCCCCGCACCACUCAGCCUCCGCAGGAGUACACCCUGCAGCUGGAGACCUCAGGGACCUCUGCUCCCAUUUACCUACAGCAGCUCACCUCCACUGCACAGGGCUACACAGGAGUGGGACAGCGCAGAAUGGAGCCCAGCUUGCACUAUUCUCGAGAUGACAGACACAGGGGAGGUGUGGAUGAAUCUACAUGGGGCGAUAGUGACCUCCACCCACCAUCUCCGGGUGGGAUGCCGCGCUCACCGAGCUUUCAGAAAGCUCAAAUGUUUCCUGUGCAGGAGUUUACCUUUCCUGCCAACAACCUCCAUCACUUUAGGAACACGGUUUGAGGAGCAGCAGCCUGUGAUAAGGCAACAGCACCCCCAGCUGUUUGUAGGACCACAUUACAGAAAUGCACAUGAGGCAUUUGCCAUGCAGGACUCCAUGCUUCUGUGACAGAGACAAAAUGACUAACACUGUAGAGUAUGGGAUAGUCAGUAACACUGUGGUUAGGUUAAGUGUUUAUGCUUGCUUGAUAAGGGUAUGGUUUUGUUUCUGCUUUGUAUUUUCAGACAUAAACAUGUAAAAUACUGACAGGACACACCAGCCAACAAUAUUUCUACUGAUCAGUUUAAGGAGAAUAAACUGACUGAAUAUUUCCUUUUAUUUUUGGAUGUAAAAUAACAGAUGGCUGUGUAUAUCUUUU